AUGUCUAAUAUCACAAGCACUUUAUUUGGCUUUUGGAAUAGAUUGGACGAAACCAAGCCUGAACAAGAGCCAAAUCCUUCUACAACAUCCACCACCAGCAUUGAAAAUAAUAAUAAUAAUACUGAUAAUAAUACUGAUAAUAAUAAGAAUAACAACAGUAACCACAACGAGACGGCCGUCGACACCACUAAAACCGCCACCAUGGUUUCGCCUCGUAGCAAACGAACUAGUGAUAUCUCAGUACAGAAUAAGAUGUCGCCCUCCAAAAAGAACAAGAAUGCGGAAUUUGCCGGGCAAAUGCCACAACAGAAACAACAGCAAUUGCCGUUACUGCUGCAGAAAUAUCUGGGUCUAGCCAAUCUGGAGAACAAAAAACCUGCUUUAUCGCCUAACGCGGCCAAAAGUUCUACGAGCUGGCUCGGUUGGAAAAAAGACCAAGGUACUUCUAUAUGGUCAUUAAAAGGAAAUGGAAAUGGAAAUGGAAAAGGAGAAGAGGAAAAUAUAGAGGAGGAGCAUACGAGAAAUGAUGUUGACGACGAGCACAGUACGUUUGACGAUGACGAAGUCGAGGGUACAAGUGGCGAUGAUGUAGUUGAAGAUGAUAGUGGAGAUGAAGUAGAUGAUCAUGUAAAGGAUACAAACAGCGGUAAAAGGGGCCUUAGUUGGUUAUGGAGUGGCAACAACAGAAAUGUUACAAACCCAAAUCACGACAAUACAGGUGUAGGUAUAAACACUAACAACAACAACAACACUAACAACAACAACAACACUAAAAACAACAACGACACUAACACUAACAACAACAACGACACUAACACUAACAACAACACUAACAACAACUAUAGCAAUUUACAAAACACUGAUACAAACUCCGAGUCUUCUCAAAAUAAGGAUACGAGCAAGGAGGCGAACAAAAGAGAAACAGCUUUGAUUGUUGCAAACACUAUAGUAAAUUCGACGGCACCAUUACCUCUCAAACAAGAAUUAAUUGAUGAUAACAAACGCACUCCCUCUCAACAAAAAGGAGAUGAUGCUGUUUUGUAUAAACCACAUGACAAAAACUCUCAGUUUAAAAAAAUAAACACUCGCAAAAAUGAGGAUUUGAAAGAAAACACUAUAGUUCCAGAUUGGGAUGGUUGUCUCCCUGCUGCGCAUGAAGGCAUUUUCUUUCACAAUUCAUCCACCUCAAAUCAAAAUAACGCUAGUCAAACUAUUCGCACAGACUUGAAUAAUUGGAAACAUUUUCUUAAUCAGAUUUCGACAAAGUUUGGAUUCUCAGCUGGAACCAUUCCCGACAGUACCGAAAACCAAGCGAGCAAGACCAGUAAAGUUGAAAACGAGAUGGGAUUACUUUACGAAAAGUCAUACAAGCUUUACGGAAAGUCUUUGGCAAUAUUGCCUUUGCACAAGCGUGCAUGCUUGCCCAGUUUCAACAAAUAUUAUACAGAGGUGGGUCUGCCGCAACAGCAGUCUGAACCAACACAAUAUGAAGAUGAUCAACUGGACCCAAAUUCAAUUUCAGUUACAAAUGAUGCAAUGGGAAAUAUAUUGAUCAACAACAAGGGGAACAAGAAGAGGGCUUUGCAUCGUGCUUUGAAUGCAGAAAUUGUGAAUUACAAAGCUGGACCAUUAAAGAAGAUCAAAAAGAUAUUAAUCAUUGGUGUGCACGGUUUUUUCCCCACAAAGAUGAUUCGUCCUUUGAUUGGAGCUCCACAAGGUACUUCAUUAAAGUUUGCGAAUGAAGCCGAGAAAGCCGUUAUCCGAUACUGCGUAGAAAACAAUUUGAUAAGUGACGAAAAAUCAGAAAUCAGUAUCCAAAAAAUUGCAUUGGAAAAAGAGGGUAAGAUAUUUGACAGGGUUAAUUUUUUUACAGAGAUUUUGCAAAAAUGGGAAGCUGAGUUGAAUAAUGCCGACUUUAUUUUUAUUGCAUCGCACUCACAGGGAUGCGUAGUUUCAAUAAUACUAUUGGCAAGACUUAUACGUAUGGGUAUAUUGAGGUCUCCAAUAGACAAGCGGAUUGGUUUGUUAGGGAUGGCUGGAAUUAAUAAUGGGCCAUUUUAUGGAGCAGACAAGACUUUUUUCAUGAAGGCGUACUCGACAAUUGAGCACGAUUCAUUAAACGAGCUAUUUGAGCUAACUAAAUUUGACAGUACCCAAUCGGUUGUCUACAAGGAAUCGAUUCAGACUAUAAUCAAUGUCAAUGUCAAAAUUUGUUUUAUUGGCUCGAUAAAUGAUCAAUUGGUUCCUCUUUAUUCAGCACUAGCGUCCCAUAUUUUCCAUCCUAAUAUUUAUCGAGCAUGUUACAUUGACUAUUCGUCAUUUACGCCUAAAUUUGUUGAAAAGUUGGUCUCCAUGUGCACAAAUUUGUUGAACUUGGGGUUUUUCGAUAAUAACGUGAUAAAGGAGUUGAGCACUUCGUUGGCUGGUCCAAUGACUGCUGGCGGACAUUCUAAGAUAUAUAACGAUGGUAAGGUUUAUGAUUUAGGGAUCAAGUUCUUUCUUGACACUGAUGAUUUGGUGAUCCCACACGAAGGGACUAUAGACUAUGACAAUUUCGAAAAUAGUGAACUACCAGUGUCAAAUCAAGUAUACAUUAAAGAGUACAACGUGGGUAAGAUCGGCACUAAUCCGUACAUUUUGCCGUGGUGCUUAAGAGGGUUCUUGUUCAACGUAGAGAAGAACUGGCCGGAUGCCAUUAAUAGAGCAGCAUAUGACGACGGCGACAACGACGAGCAUGAAUAUCGAGAAGAAUCUCGAGGAAUCGCAUGUAAUAGAUUGGGUCGAAAUGGGGCCGAAGAGAUCCAUGAAUUAUACGAGAUCUUUGAACAUUGGAAGCCAGAAACAAAGAUCUACAAAGAUCUCAAGUUUCGAUUAAACGGAUUUAGAGCCAGUAAAUUAUAA